AUGAGUGAUAGAAUAACUGAUCAGACAACAAACAAUGACCAAAUUGUACAAUAUUUACUGCGAAAAACGUUGGAAGAACGAACACCAAGAUUCUAUGGUAGAACCGAUGAAGAUAUCACCAAUUGGGUGAAGACAGUUACUACUGAAUUCAUGUUGGCCAAGUGUCCAGACCACGAAAAGUUAGAAUGGAUUCCGUCAUUUUUACGUGAAGAAGCACUAGAAUGGUAUGUGAAGCACAUAGAUCAAAUCGAUUCAUGGGAGAAAUUUUGUGACCAAAUACAAGAAAAACAUUCAUUAGUGGAAACACAACCAUGCGAAAGUAAACCAGCAGCAGUCGUGCCAAUCAAUACACACUCAUUUCAUCCACAGCACUACCAAAUAAACUAUGAUGAAUAUGUGCCAACCAUACAGUUAAACAUUAAGCGAAGUACGAUGAUGAUAGUUAAAUACGAGGAAUUACAAUGGCCAGCAGAAAAGGGAACAUGGUUGGAAUAUACAGUUAAACAGCAACGUGAACGAUUUCGAAAAACAAAAAUGAAUGAUUGUGAAGUAUUAAACAAGCUGAUUAAUAGUGAUACACUACUAUCACUCUCAGCAGACACAGAGACUAAUGAUGAUCAACAACUGCAAAAUGGUGUUAUCGGGCCAAUGCAUAAAGGUCGUAGGCUCUUAUUGCCUAAAUUACAUGGUACAAUGAAAGAAUUAGGGUUUAAGAUGGAACUACAACCAACAUCCUUGUCAUCGUUCCAGUUCGCUCCUUUUAAUGAUAAUUUAUCCUCGUCCCAGUCACUAUCCUUUCGCAACAAUACAACUACUGGAAAAAGAUUAUUAGUAGCAAUUAUUGCAGAUAUUUAUGAAGUAUUAGAUCAUGCCAGUCGUCUAUUGGCAUGUCACAAAAUGGUCCAGACAGCUGAUAAUCGAGAUCGGUUAUGGCAAUUUAUGGUGCCCUGA